UAAAUCCCCAAAAUAUAACCCUAACCCUAAUUUUCCCAAACCCUAGCCGCCAAUGCAAACCGCCACUCACCCCCUUCAUACCCCACCAACAGAAGAAAGAAAGAAAAAAAAGUAAAGGGAAGAACAGAGAGCAGAGGGCGUCGAGGAAGAAGGGGAAAGGGGGAAGAGGGAGGAGAGGAAGACGCAUCACUGCCGCCAUGCUGUUGUGUCACCAUCGAAGGAAGGAGGGAACCGCGCGGGGAAACUUAGCCGAAGAGAGAGAGGAGGACAUGAGCAAGGGAAGAGGAGAAGAGGGAGGCCCUGCUGCUGUCACCUUCGCGUCGCCGCCGUAGAGCCCAUUGUCGUCGUCGUUUCUUGCGCCAUCGUCGCGCCCAGCCUUGCCUGCAAGUCACCGCGUAGUCGCAUUGAGGGAGAACGCUUGCGGGAAGAGAGAAGAUGUCGUCGAGGAUCCCGUCGCCGUCAGAUCUGUCGUGCCGCCGUUGAGGGAGCUCGUCACCGCCGUGCUUCCAUCAGUGCCGUGGAUAUGCUCCAUCGCCAAACUGAACUAUGGAUGAAGGGUCAGAAUGCAACGGGAAAGGGAGACACCUUCCGCCACUAUCUCGCUGCCAGAGCCAUGUCACCGUCGCGAACCGCCGCCGUUCUGGCUGCCGGAAGCCACCGCCGAGCCUUUGCCUUCUUGGGUUGAGUUCCGAUGAUUUCAUAUCAAAAUUAAGGUUGCCGUUGGACCACCGGAGUUUCUGGCCGCUGUCGAAGCUGCCGCCGGGUCAGCUCGGGAUUGCGGCUGCUCCGUUUUGCUGUUACCGAUUGAGUUAUCGUGAUUGCCCGUUGCGAUUAAAUCCGUUUCUGCUAUUGCAGAAGUGAACAGACCUGUGGUUGAAGCUGUAGUUGAUUUCAGGCUGAGAGAAAAGGUUUUUGUGACGCAUCUAGUUUAUGGGUUCAACUUUUCGAGGUAGGGGUUUUCCUUAAAAUUUAUUCUAUAUUACAGAGUUGUUAUAAAUAGAUAUUGAUGUGAAACAAUAUAUUUCUGUGAUUAUAUUUGUCUUGUGAAUGUGUUUGUUUGUUGGAUUAAAUUACUAAUUGCCUGAAUGGUAUGCAGUUGUUGAUAAGAAAUUGGUUUGUAAGGUUAUUGAGUUGAUUAUUAUGAAAAAUGGUUUUUAUUGGUUUCAGAAUUGAUUUGAUAAUGAAGUUAAUUUGAUAA